CGGGAGGCCUAAGGCAGCUGGGGGUUGGAACUGUGCCCCGGAUUGGGGGGUGGAGGCUGGAUCCUGCACGGGGAGAAGUGUCCCUUUAAUAGCUGCUGGCUGGCCCAGCUGGGACGCCUGUUUGCCUCCUGCUCAGCUGUGGUUGCAGCUGCUCUGCUGACUCAUGCGCCCCAGCAGCCAGCAGGAGCUGGAAGCAUGGGCUUCCCUGGGGCCGCAGCAGUCUGGGGGCUUCUGGAUUACAAAACGGAGAAAUAUGUGAUAACCAGGAACUGGCGGGUGGGCGCCCUGCAGAGGCUGCUGCAGCUUGGGGUCACAGCCUACGUGGUGGGGUGGGCGCUCCUUGCCAAAAAAGGCUACCAGGAGCAGGACCUGGACCCCCAGAUUUCCAUCAUCAGUAAACUCAAAGGGGUUUCCGUGACCCAGAUUGAGGAGCUGGGGAACCGGCUGUGGGACGUGGCCGACUUCGUGAAGCCUCCACAGGGAGAGAACGUGUUCUUUUUGGUGACCAAUUUCCUUGCGACACCAGAACAAGUUCAGGGAAGGUGCCCAGAGCACCCAUCCAUCCCGCUGGCUAACUGCUGGGCCGACGAGGACUGUCCUGAAGGGGAGAUGGGGACACACAGCCACGGCAUAAAAACGGGCCAGUGUGUGGUAUUCAAUGACACCCACAGGACCUGUGAGAUCCAGGCCUGGUGCCCCGUGGAGAGUGGCAGUGUGCCCACGAAGCCCCUGCUGAUACAAGCAGAGAACUUCACUCUGUUCAUCAAAAACACUGUCACUUUCAGCAAGUUCAACUUCUCCAAGUCCAAUGCCUUGGAGACCUGGGACACCACCUAUUUCAAGCGCUGUCACUAUGACCCACACUCCAGCCCCUACUGUCCGGUGUUCCGCAUUGGGGACCUCGUGGCUGCGGCUGGAGGGGUCUUUGAGGACCUGGCAUUGCUGGGAGGUGCUGUGGGCAUCAAUGUCCACUGGGACUGCGACCUGGAUGCUGGUGGCCCUGACUGCCAGCCUCACUACUCCUUCCACCUGCAGGAAACAACCUACAACUUCAGGACGGCCACGCACUGGUGGGAGGCCUCAGGCGUGGAGGCCCGGAGUCUGCUCAAGCUCUAUGGGAUCCGUUUCAACAUCCUCGUCACGGGGCGGGCAGGGAAGUUCGGGCUCAUCCCCACUGCUAUCACCCUGGGCACAGGAGCAGCCUGGCUGGGCGCGAUCACCUUCUUCUGUGACCUGCUGCUGUUGUACGUGGACGGAGAAGCCCAUUUCUACUGGAAGACCAAGUAUGAGGAGGCAAAGGCCCCGAAGGCGACCGCCAGCCCUGAGCAGUCAGUGGCAGCUUCCACAGCCUGCGCCUGGCCACCCGGGUGUCUCGGAGUGGGCCCGGCACCUGCUCCCGUGGCGGCUGCCUCUGGGAGCCCGACACUGGUACCAGGGUGGUCCUGCCCAGGCUCUGACCUCCACUCGCUGGCCCUGUCCUAAAGCCUGUCACUGUUCCCUGCUGGUUGGAGGUUGGGGACUGGGAAGGGAGGGGGCCCUGGCUUGGGGACCUCAUGGAUAAAGCCCCAGCAGGA